AUGGGUCAAGAUUAUUACAAGUUACUCGGCGUUGAUCGCAACGCUAGCGAGGAUGACAUCAAGAAGGCCUACAAGAAAAUGGCCCUGAAAUGGCAUCCAGACCGUAACAAGGGCUCGGAGGAUGCUUCAGCGAAGUUCAAGCAGAUAUCCGAAGCCUUCGAAGUCCUCAGUGACAAGCAGAAGCGAACGAUCUACGAUCAGUUCGGUGAAGAGGGUUUGAAGGGCGGUGGCGGACCACCGCCAGGUGCAGGGGCCGGUGGAUUCCCUGGAGGAGGUUUCAGCGGUUUCCCGGGGGGUGGAGGAGCUCAGACCUUCACGUUCACCAGCGGGCCUGGAGGUUUUGGUAGCAGCGGCGGCGGUCGGGGUGGUUUCUCACCGGGAGACCCCUUCUCGAUCUUCGAGCAAUUCAUGGGCGGCAUGGGUGGUAUGGGCGGUGGUGGCAUGGGCGGCGGUAGGAGUAGCAUGUUCACCACCGAUGACGAUGACGUACCUGGCUCCUUCUUCACGUCACGGUCAGGUGGCAUGCCCGGCGGCUUCUCCAGCGGCGGUCGCCCAAGACCGCAACGACGGCCAUCGUCACCACCACCGCAAUCUGCAGGCCCGUCGGAGAUCACGAAACCUCUCAAGGUCUCCCUUGAUGACUUAUACAACGGCGCCACGAAGCACCUCAAAGUCGGACGGAAGCUGCUGGGCGGCGGCACGGAAGACAAGGUGCUGGAGAUCCAGGUUCUUCCCGGGUGGAAGGAGGGCACGAAGAUUCGUUUCCCGCGCGCUGGAAACGAGCAACCCACCGGCGAGUCGCAGGACCUCGUCUUCGUCGUCGAGGAGAAGCCGCACGACCGGUUCACGAGAGAAGGCAACGACCUCGUAUGCAAGGUCAAGAUACCGCUCGUCGAGGCCUUGACGGGCGGAUCGUCGAAGAAGACGAUAGAGGCAUUGGACGGCCGCAAGCUGCAAGUCACCGUACCCUCUGGGGUUGUCAAGCCCGGUCAAGAGACAAGAAUAGCUGGGGAAGGCAUGCCCAUCAGGAAAGCGGGGAAGAAGGGCGACCUUAUCGUGAGAUGGGAUGUCGUCUUCCCGGAUCGGUUGACUGAAGCGCAGAAGGAGGGAAACGCGUCAGGAGGUCGACUGUCGGAAGCAGCUCUAGACGCUCUCUUCGGGCCGGGCGACGAGGCACGUCGGACGUUGAUCGACGCGUGGUUGGACGCUGGAAGAACGGAGAUGAGGUCAACCGUAUCCGCCUCCGGCAGUACCCCGACUGUCAAAGAUGUGCUAGAGAGGCGUCUGAACUAUAAUGUCCCGGCUCUGCGAUACCUACCCGAGGCGUUCACAUUCCUCUCGACACCGCCCACUCCUUUACUGAAUCUGCGUUUGCCUCCUCUGGAUCCUACCCCCGCACUCUCGCAUGCUUUUAAGGUCGCAGAUGAGGCAUGUCAUAUCACGCAUGACCCAGCGACGGGAACGGAAUGGUAUGCGCGUCGAGCGACUUUGGCGGCAGUAUACAGUGCGGCAGAGCUCCAUCAACUCACUUCGCCCCAUGGUACGAACGAACUAUUGGACUCUUUGCUGACAUCCUCGUCGCGAUUGCAUAACACGGUCACUGACAUCGGCGAGUUCGCCAACUACCUCAUGCCCGAUGAUGCUAUACGCGAAAAGUGCGGCGGGUUUACCCUGAAAUCGUCGAAUCUCCUGGUACUGUAA